CUUGUCUGGCGUGCACAGAGCUCUGACCUCAACCCCAUCAAACAUCUUUGGGAUGAAUUGGAACGCCGACUGCGAGCCAGGCCUAAUCGCCCAACAUCAGUGCCCGACCUCACUAAUCCUCACUAAUGCUCCCAAAGCGGGGACCAACUCCAUAUUAAUUCCCAUGAUUUUGGAAUGAAAUGUUCGACAAGCAGGUGUCCACAUACUUUUGGUAAUGUAUGUUAUGUCCUGCAACAACAACAAAUGUAACAUAUGAUAUGAAAUGGAUGACAUGUUACAAAUCCAAUUUAACUAUAUGUUACCUAUUUGUUCUGCUUAGAUCCUAGUGUGCGCCUUUAUUUUCAAAUUAUUUAUUUUUACCCCAUUUUCUCCCCAAUUAGUAGGUAGUCUUGUCUCAUCGCUGCAACUCCCGUACAGACUUGGGAGAGGUGAAGGUCGAGAACCGUGCGUCCUCUGAAACCCAACCAUGCCGUGCUGCUUCUUGACACAAUGCCCACUUAACUCGGAAGCCGGCCGCACGAAUGUGUCGGAGGAAACACUGUAAACCUGGCAACUGUGUCAGUAUGUACUGCACCCAGCCUGCCACAGGAGUCGCUAGUGCACGAUGGGACAAGGAUAUCACUGCCGGCCAAACCCUCCCCUAACCCAGGCGACACUAAGCCAAUCGUGCGCCUCCCCAUGGGUCUCCCGGUUGCGGUCGGCUGUGACAGAGCCUGGACCCGAACCCAGAAUCUCUAGUGGCACAGCUAGCACUGUGAUGCAGUGCCUUAGACCAUUGUGCCACUCUGGAGGCCCAGAGUGAAUCUUUAAGUGGAAUUGAUUUAGUUCUGAUAGGUGGGCAAUUUGAGAAUGAGAAUUUAGAGGCCAGAUUGGAUGUAAAUUGUGGCCUUGAUUCCAUUCUGAAGCCUUUGCUCCUUUCCUCUAAUAGAAAACAGAAGAAAGUAUAUUUUUUUUGUGCAAUGGAACCACUCCUAUUUAAACUUGUACCAAGGUUCACCGGUUUGUUCUCAAAUUCUGUUCUGUUCAAGAAUCUGUUCUAGAAUCAGUAUUACUCUUUAGAGUGUAGUUGAAUCGAUAUUAAUGUUCUUUCCUCCAGUUGUAACUAGGUGCUGGGUUGUGGAAUGUGGACACCUGUGGUUUCACACAUUCAGUGCUAACAAAAGACAGUUGGGAUGCUAUUAUGACUGAGGGCCAAUAAUCAUAUAAAGUCAUACAAAUCCUAACACCAAUAAACUUCUUUUGUUCUUUAAAUCCCUUGAAAUGUCACUAUGCUGCGUAAGAUUAGGAGUUCUGUUUUCCCAUGAAAGAAUCUGCAAGUGAAUUACGAAUGUAUUUAAAUGACAUGUAACUAUGAUACCAAUAAAGACGUUUAUUUAUUGUAGACAAUUUGUGAAGAAAUGGUGUAUACAUUAGGCUACUAUUUCUAGAUCAUAUCACAUGAUUUACGCCUACUCAUACAGCACAGACUUAUUAAUUACUACAUGCACUCAACAUUAUAGUUUGUGUCAUGGAGAAAAGGCGAAUUGAAAAAAAUCAACGCUCAAUUUCAAGUGAAUUUCACCUCUGAUCCAACCACUCGUAGCGUCUUUCAGAGUUGACACUUGGCUAUCAAAAGGACAACCUCGGAUUCAAUUGCCAUUUGUCAUCAUCCUGCAAACAUCCUAUCUAUGCUCUUUCCCUCUUUUUCUGUAGAGAGCAUUGGGGGAUGACGGGAUGGGCAGACAUCAGAGGCUCCGCUUCCCCUCCCUCUAAAAAGCAUUGUUGAUCUAAUAUCACCUAGAGUGAGAGAGGAAGGCGCGUCUACCUCUCACCAUUGUAUCCGCAUUUUCUGUAGCGCAGCUUUUGAUCUGCAAAUGCUCGAAGGUGCUACCGUCUUUAUUGAUUUAGAUACAUUAACUUUUCUCUUGUGGAACAUGAAAAAGAUCUACGCAUAGCCUGUGUUAUUCAUUGUUAUAACAUUGUCAAUGACUUUGGCGCGUAUUCAGAUGUAUUACACUUGAUGGCUCAAAAUAUACAAUUAAUUAGGGACUUUACAUUUUACAUCUUGCUGAUGUGGACCCCAUGAGUGCUUAUUCAGUGCCCCAAUUGUUAUAAUGAAGUGUCAUUCCACAAGGAUCUGGGAAUGUGCCAGUUCUUAAUCAUCUUGGUGCUUAAGCCUAUAAUUCUGGGCAUUUUGCGCUUCUGGUUAUUAAUACAUAUUGGUAGAAUCUUUAGCCUAGACUACCUGUCUAUCGAAUAGCUUGAAGAUAAGUAAUUUAUUUCAUAAUUAUUCGGUAAUCGCCUAUUAAUAGGGUCGUAUGAGAUAUAACCUAACAAACUAAUCAUUUGAAGGCAUAGGUUGCAAACAUUGAUCCAUGUUUAAAAUCUAAGAAGACACUACCAACUUCUACACUUGUUAAGGUUUUUGUCAAAUUCAAUAGUUGCAUUUCUCACCCGCCCGGUGUAGACCUGGCCUGCAUGCUGUUAAUUAAAGUGGGAGGACAGAAAGUCUCCGGACGGGGUGAGAGGGAAGCUGAAAAGCCCCUCCCCGCAGAUUGUAGCCUACGAUGCGAUGGUGCUUUAAUUUCAUUGUUUGAGAGGAGCGACGCUCGGUGUGCAUCUGCUGGGAUCAAACAGCCCCGAAAGAGAGAUCCCCUUUUGUCAUGGAAAUCAGACCCUGACUCUGUCACACGUGGGCUUCAGAAAUGCUAAGAAGUUGAACAUCCAGCCAGGACUUGUAAUACAGAAUAGAACGGGUCAAGGAGAUGGCGAGGACAAUCUGACCAGUGUACGAUAGGACUCUCUCUAUCCACGUUUCACUCUCAUCGGCAGUAGGAUAUAUAUGUAUAUAUAGCUAAUGUGCACAGUCAAUGCGCUGUAGUCUACAGCAUAUGCAACGCAUAUGCAUAUUUUUUUUGUCGCGCUUAGAAGUAGGCAAGAAGGUUGAGUUUGUUAUUCUUCUGAAAUGGCAAGUCAUUUUCGGUCAAUGUAAUUCGCUCUGUAUAGAAUACUUUUUUGUUUUCAAUGUAUAGAAACUAUAUUUAUCACUGUUCUGGUAUCGCGUAGCCUGUUUAAAAAAAAUGCUGGAUUUGGUUCUACGGAUGGUUUUCUGUGCGCUGUUCUGUUCUAUUUCUGCGCGCGCAUCCGGGUGCCCUCUUCGUUGCGAAUGCUCGGAAGCUGCUCACACGGUGAAGUGUGUUUCCAAAGACUUGCGGAGUGUCCCGCCUGGGAUACCAGGGUACACGAGGAAUCUGUUCAUAACUGGAAACCAGAUCAGCAGAAUUGGACCGGAAUCGUUCAAAGGGCUGGACAAUAUAACAACGCUGUCACUGAGUAACAAUAGGAUAACAGAGGUAGAGUCUCAGACUUUCUCUGGGCUGCGUUCCCUCCGCUCUCUGGACCUGAGCUCCAACCAGCUGGCUGUCAUCAACCCAGAGGCCUUCACUGUUCCGGGCCACACUCUCAGGGAGCUCAACCUCAGCCGAGCUCUCUACAACCACUCCUCUCUCAUGAACCUGGCUAUGUCUCUUCGCUGGUCCACCCUGGUUGAGCUCCGGACCCUGGACCUGUCAGGGAACAGGCUAAUCUACCUGCCCUCUCACACCUUCUCCUACCUGGGGGGCCUGCGGAGGCUCAUCCUGGCCAACAACUCCCUGGUGGCCCUCUACAAUGGCACCUUCUCUGGGCUGGACUCUCUGGAGCAGCUGGAUCUGACCCUUAACGCUCUGCGAACUGUCCAGGAGGAGGGCCUGGCUGAGCUGGCCUCUCUGCCCCCCGGGGUGAGACUCCUUCUAGGGGAGAACCCCUGGACCUGUAUCUGUGGCAUGGAGCCCUUCGCUGCCUGGCUCAACACCUCCCAGGGACAUGUGGGAGACGCAGAGGGCCUGGUGUGUGCCUUCCCCUCAGACAUGAGAAACACCUCUCUGCUGAGGUUGGCGGCUGGACAGGCUGGGGUGGGCGGGGACGGGGUGGCGCUGGGAUGCCACAGGGUGGGUGAGGGGGCGGACCUGGCCCUCCAGACUUCCUACAUGUUCCUUGGGAUCGUCCUGGGCUUCGUGGGACUCGUCUUCCUCUUGGUCCUCUACCUCAACCGGCAGGGCAUCAAGAAGAGGAUCAAUGACAUGCGGGAAGCAUGCACGGAGGUGUUGGAGGGAUACCACUACCGCUACGAGCACGAUGCCGACCCCAGGCUCUCACAGGUCUCCACCACAGCAGACAUUUGAUGAUAGGAGGACACUCCCAGGGGCUUCCAUGAUCCUUUUUUCAUAAUCAAAAACGUUUUUUCUAUUGCAUUUAUAAGUAGAUAAGAUCAUUUAAAAACUGUACAUGUGAAUUGUAUGUAAAUAUAAACAUACAGUAAGUAUAUGACUGAGUAUUAUUAUUGUUCCUAGUAGCCUUGUCCAUGAUUAAAGCAUGCACUGUCUGAUCUGUAGUCCUACACAACCAGUCCUCACUUUCAGUCUACACAUCGUCUGAGACUGGGGAUUACCCAUGGCUAACAAAUGGGCAUUGACUGUGAAAGAGAACUGUUGUAUGGAUGGGGGACUGACUGACUGUUCUUCUACAUAGAUUUCCCCCUCUUAAAAGUGGGGCUUCUCUGUCUGUCCUAGAAUGAAGUGUCAUGUGAAGGAGUGAAACUACAUUUGGACAAUAUAAUUUAUGUAUGUUAUGAUUCUCUUAACUGAGAACAGAUAUGGAUGAAUAUACUUCAUUCAUGAAGCUGAAGUAAUGAAACUGAAGACUGUUCUUAUACAUUUCACUUGCUAUGACUUUACUUAAGUAUUGUUCUUUGAGAGGUCUUGUAAAUGUAUAUACUAUCGCUACCAAGCUCACAUACAGCAUAAUUAAUCAGCUCAUGAGUUGCAAGUUGUGUGACACCAACCCCUCUGAAGCUUAUGCACAAUGGCCAUGUCUGAUAUUGCACCAUAUUCCCUGUAUUUGCCCUGGGCAAAAGUAGUGGACUUAUAAAGGGAAUAGGGUGCCAUUGGGACGCAGAGUUCAAUGAGAGAUUGUCUGAGGGCCAGCUCACCCCAGGACUGAGGAGCAUUUCUUUGGUCUUCUGUCCCUCUGCCCCAGGGUGCCUGAAUGGAAUCCCAGCAGAUUAGUCUCCAUAGCAUUCCAAAGGGAGGAGAAUCUCUCCUCGAAUCUCUCCUAAAAGCAACUCUUUCUCUCUCUCAAUUCAAAGGGCUGUAUUGGCAUGGGAAACAUACGUUUACAUUGCCAAAGCAAGUGAAAUACAUAAUAAACAAAAGUGAAAAUAAACAAAUCAGAAAUGAACAGUAAACAUUACUCACAAAUGUUUCAAAGGAAUAGAGACAUUUCAAAUGUCAUAUUAUUGCUAUGUACAGUAUUGUAACGAUGUGUAAAUAGUUAAGGGAAAAAAUAAAUAAUCAGAAUAUGGGUUGCAUUUACAA